AUGGGAGUGUGUGGUGCCACCCGGGAGUGUGCUGCACCACCCAGGAGUGCACCUGAGAGGCCCAUGGGCCAGAUUGAGGAAAGCCAGGAGAAUGGGAGCCCUCCUCACGUGUGCAGGUCAUUCCAUAAGGAGGGGGCCACAACAGAUAAUGUGCAUGUACGGACAGUUGUUGAUCUUGCCUAUUUGCAAGGUGGCAUCCUUGUUCAGUUUAGCGAAGCUGUCAUGAUGGCACAUAGAGAGAGAAGCAGUCCUGCUGAUACAAGAGACCAAGGUCGUGGAGGGCUUUGUCUGUUGGAAAGACAGGCAUUGCAAGAGGCAGAUGAUGUGGUCACUGAUGUUGAUUUUACCAACAUUCUUUCUGAAGAGGAGAAAGAAGAGUUAAAAACUGAACUUGCCAAGCUAGAGGAUGAAAUUGCAACUUUACGACAAGUGUUGGUAGCCAAAGAGAAGCAUCUUGUGGAAAUGAAACAAAAGCUUGGUAUCAACCUGAUGAAUGAACUGAAACAGAACUUUAGCAAAAGCUGGCAUGAUGUGCAAACCACUACUGCUUAUAAGAAGACUCAAGAGACUCUUAGUCAAGCAGGACAAAAAGCCACAGCUGCUUUCAGCAAUGUUGGGACAGUCAUCAGCAAGAAGUUUGGAGAUAUGAGGUCACAUUCACUUGGUUAUUCUAUUCGUCAUUCCAUAAGCAUGCCUGCUAUGAGGAAUUCUCCUACAUUCAAAUCCUUUGAAGAAAAGGUUGAGACCACUGUCACAAGCCUUAAGACAAAAGUUGGAGGCGCAAGCCAGAGUGGAGGAAGUUUUGAAGAAGUUCUCAGUUCUACUGCCCAUGCCAGUGCCCAGAGCUCCAGUGUAGGCAGUCGACUUCCAGAAACAGAAGAGGAGCUUCAGUGUUAGAUUGCACAGAUGGCACU